AUGGAUAGCAAAACUGGUGAGAACAAAAUUGUAUUCAUCGAUGCAUCACCCAGAGAAUCCCCCAAUUCCUGCCAGGGAACCCUCCUGGCCUUUCUCCAGCCGGCUUUCAAAAAUUGCAAAACCACCGGGCAUCUGGGAGGCCGGGUUCCCCACCGAGAGGCCGGAGGCCGCAGAGCAGCCGGGUGGGCCGGAAGGGCCGCCCCCUGGUCCUACGAUGUCCCAGGGAGCGGGAACAAAAAACCGAAACCGAAACCAGCCGGCUCGGUCCCCUCCCCGGGCUUGAGCUUCCGCCGGCCGCCGAGCGCGCGUCUCGCCUCCGCCAGGGCAUCGGUUUUGGAUGUCAAGGAAUAUAAAACUUCUGAAAGAACAGUUGUAGUUGCUGGUCUUCCAGUUGGCCUUUUUAGUGAUCAGUUAUUGGCCAAAUUAGUGAGGAGUCACUUUCAAGAUAUUAAGAGUGGGGGUGGAGAUGUUGAAGAUGUGAUAUAUCCGACAAGAACCAUGGGAGUUGCAUAUGUAAUAUUCAAAGAAAUAAAAGUUGCAAAGAAUGUCAUCAGACAAAAGAAACUCCAGCUAGCAAAGAAGGUUGGAUAUGCUCAACUCACAGUCUCUUGUUUUAGUGAAAAGGUCUUCAGCUGUGUAAAAGCUUUCCUUGAUCUUUCUGUUUUUCGGAGUCAAGUUACUCUAGAAAGUCUGGUCAUGGACCUGAAAAAGAAAAUCCCAACUUUAAGCUUCAGUCCUUUGGAACCCAAUGGAAGAAUCUCUGUGGAAGGAUCGUUUCUGGCUAUCAAGAGCCUCAAAGAAUCUUUGCUAUUAAGAGCAAGUUCUCUCUUAGGACAAAACAGAACUUUUACCAGUGAGGAGAGAAAGUGGAAUAGACAAAGCCAGAAAAGGAAUCUACAGGGAAGUCACAGCUCUUCAGAGUCGCUCAGGACCUUAGAACCUGAGACUGCUAGAAGGGCAGAAAUGCUUAUGCUCGACACAGAUGUUUUUCUUUACCUGAAACAAAAGUGUCAGUUUUAUGAACGCACACUGAACAAGUACCAUGUUCUAUGUCAGGAGAGAGUGGAUGGUGAAAUCACCACAAUUUGUCUAAAAAAUGCUCAAACUGGUUUUCAGCCAAACAAUGUAAAACACGUAAAAGAGCUCAUUGAGAAAAAGUUACAGACUCUUUACUUAGAGUUUAGAAAAGAGACGUUUAUUUUGGAAGGGAAGGAAAAGAGAGAGAAAGGCAAUAUUAAAUGGGCAUGUAAAGUAUUAGGUUCGAGAUACCCUGGGGUCUUGAUUAACUUGUAUAGGACACACAUUGACAUUAUAGGAUCUUCCUCUGACACCUACCUAUUUAAAAAAGAGGUCAUGAAAUUAAUAAGGCAAAAGGUUAGUUAA